AUGUCUGAAUUCUUAGGCUCUCGCAUCUCACUGAUAUCCAAGAGCGACAUUCGCUAUGCUGGAACUCUACAUGAAAUCAACUCGGAUGAGUCUACGGUAUCCCUCGAAAAUGUUCGUUCUUUCGGCACCGAGGGCCGAAGGGGAAGACCCGAGGAGGAGGUUUCCCCGUCUGACCAAGUGUAUGAGUACAUUGUGUUUCGUGGCAGUGACGUAAAGGAUCUGCGAAUCGAAGAACAUCCUGGUAUCAAGGAGACAAAACCUCCCGCCAUACCAGAUGACCCAGCCAUUGUCGGGGCUCGAGCUAGAGAUGUUCAGCAACCACAACAACCCUCGAAUGGAGGGUUCCAACCUCCCUACCCUCCCCAAAACAACUUCUAUGGCGGACCGCCACCACCCAACUCUUGGGGUCGCGGUGGCGGUCCUGGCCCUAUGCCAGGCCCUGGCUUUGCCGGAGUACCUUACCCUCCGCCUCCGGGAUGGUUACCUCCUGGUCAAGGAUUCCCGCCAGGUCCAGGACCCUGGAGCAACCCUCAGUUUCCUGGUGGCCCUGGCGGUCCUCCAGGACCAGAUGUAGCCCAAAGGGGCCUGCCAUCUGGCCCGUCGCAGGAUGUCAAAUCAGGCACAAGUGCAGAUCCAGCGAAAACAUCUGGCCCCGUACCGACUGAACCAAAGUCUCUUGCCCAAGGUGGACGACAACCUGCCAAUGCACCAAAUCCACCGGUAGAUUCCAAACCCUCAGCUGAGGAAGUAAAGGCUGUUGCCACGAACCUAAGCAAUGGCUCUGCAUCCGCCAAGAACAAGGCACAUACACGGCCCACACCUGUUGUUCCCCUUACGGGCAAUGCUUCGAAACCUUUUCAACUUCCCAAUACUGGGAAACCAGCUCCUUCUGCCAGUGCAAGGACUGCCUCAACUGCGGCACCUGCUAGUGUUGAAGAUGCCACUAGUGCCGCCCGGGCUGCAGUUGCCGUUGCAAUGGCCCAGCUUGGCAAUAGUGGAAGUACCGCCAUGGACAAUCUGACGAGCAAAGUCAACGAGAUGAGAGUCCACGCCAACAGGGGAACGUCUAGCAGCCGUGGCCGUGGGCGAGGCGGGCGACAAGGAGCUGCAAAGGUUGAAGUCCCUGACUCUGAUUUCGAUUUCGCUCAGUCUAAUGCGAAGUUCAACAAGGAGGAUAUUGUCAAGGAGGCUAUUGCUAGUGGCGAUGUAAUCGAAUCUCCAAGCGAGACUGUUAUCAAAGAACCUGAGACACACCCAGGUAAUACUGAUCCGUACAACAAGUCAAGAUCAUUCUUCGACAACAUCUCUAGCGAAUCUAGAGAGAGAGCCGAAAACGGUGGCCAGAAACCUGGUGGGCGAGAGUGGCGAGGAGAGGAACAGCGCAAAAAUAUGGAAACUUUCGGCCAGGGUAGCGUUGAUGGUGGAUACCGCAACUACCGUGGCCGCGGACGAGGCCGUGGAGGCCGUGGCAGAGGAGGAUAUGGCCGAGGCGGACGUGGUGGUAACCGCCCACAAUAUCCGGCGACUGUCGCCGACCAGUAA